AUGGAGCUGGCGAUGGAGAACCUGGGCAGCCUGCACGGCGUCCCGCACUCGCAGCCCGCGGAGCUGCUGAGCCCCGCACACGGGAGGCAGAGCUCGCACCGCAACCUGGUCCCGCACGGCCGGCCGGCUAUGGUGUCGGGUAUGGCAUCCAUCCUGGAAGGGGGAGAUUACCGAACCGAGCACAGCCUGACGGCCCCUCUGCACCCGGCCAUGAGCAUGUCCUGCGAGUCGCCGUCCGGGAUGAGCCUGAGCAGCACCUACACCACGCUCACCCCCCUGCAGCACCUGCCGCCCAUCUCCACCGUGUCCGAGAAGUUCCACCACCCUCACCACCAUCAUCACCAUCACCACCAUCCGCACCAACGCCUGGCCGGCAACGUGAGCGGCAGCUUCACCCUGAUGAGGGACGAACGCAGCCUCGCUUCCAUGGGCAACCUCUACAGCCACUACCCCAAGGACAUGCCGGCUAUGGGGCAGCCCCUCUCUCCUCUCCCCAACGGGCUGGGCAGCCUGCACAACGCUCAGCAGCCUCUGACUCCGUACGGUCCUGGCGGCCACUUGCCCAACGACAAGAUGCUGUCACCCAACGGCUUCGAUUCUCACGCCGCGAUGCUGUCCCGGGGCGAGGAGCACCUGGCGAGGGGGUUGGGAGCCCCCAGCUCGGCUAUGAUGCCGCCCCUCAACGGGAUGCAUCCUCACGGUCACCCGCAUCCCCAAGCCGGCGGUUCUUUGCUGGCAGAAAGGGAUCGUCAGGCCUCGGCCAGCGGAUCUCAAAGCGGAGGAUCGGGGCAGGUUGAGGAAAUCAACACCAAAGAGGUGGCACAAAGGAUCACGGCCGAGCUGAAACGUUACAGCAUCCCGCAGGCGAUCUUCGCUCAGAGGAUCUUGUGCCGUUCGCAGGGAACCCUCUCGGAUCUGCUGAGGAACCCAAAACCGUGGAGUAAGCUUAAAUCGGGUCGGGAGACUUUCCGGAGGAUGUGGAAAUGGUUGCAGGAACCCGAAUUUCAGAGGAUGUCUGCGCUCAGGCUCGCAGGUACGGAGCGAGGGGAA